AUGGCCCGACAGAUGCUGCGAUGUGCAAAAUGUUCCGCACCACUCUCCAAGAGGGCAAUGAAUUGGUUCAACUCUCUACCCAUAGGGUCGAUUGACACCUUCGCUCGGUUGUCAACCCGGUUCGCCAACCAAUUCGCCAUCAACAAACAAUAUGCCAAGACCCCAGCUCAUCUUUUCUCUGUAGUAAAGAGAGAUAACGAAACGCUCCGCAACUACAUUAAGCAUUUCGUGGAAGCCGUCCAUGAAGUCCUCAGUGUAGGGCAAGACAUGCUCUCUGGGAUUAUGCAACAGAACUUGAAACCGGGUAGAUUCAAAGAGUCUAUAGCCGCAAGACCCCCAGGCAACUUGGAGGAGUUGCUGAAUCGAGCCGAAAAAUACGUCCGGAUAGAGGAAGCCUCUACCCAUGCUCCUCCUAAAAGGAAAAGGGAAGAUGAGCGUCAGGACAAGAGGAGGCGCAAUGAUCGACGUCCACCACCUCCACCUAAAGGCCAGCCCUCCUCCUCCUACAAUAGGUUCACUCCGUUAAACGCUCGCCUCACUGAAAUCCUUCACGUGAUAGAACAGAGAGGUUUAGCGGAGCCUCCACGUCCUAUGCAGCCGAAUGCCAAGCGAGAAAAGUCGGAUCGUUAUUGUCAAUUCCAUAGGGACAGAGGACAUACUACGGAGGAAUGUGCACAACUCAAAGCGGCAAUUGAGAAGCUGAUCAAACAGGGCCAUUUAGGCGAAUACAUUGAUAAGCCUCGAAAUAAGCGCCGUGAUGAUCCCCCACGCCGAGAUAAUAAUCGAGAUCAACAGCAAAUGCGAGAGGAUGGAGGUCAUCGACGUGACCCAGAUAACAACGAUAAGCAACCUACCCGGGGAAUCAUCUCCUUUAUCUCCGGAGGACCGGCGGGUGGCGAUUCACAAAAUGCAAGACGCACCCUCGCUCGAUCGGCACGCAUGAAUCAAGAACGUGCUUCUCCAUCCGCACGCAUCUACCAAAUACGAAGACCUGAUCAUAGCAUAGUCUUCAACUCCUCCGACCUUGAAGGUCCUGAUGAAGAUCAUGUCGAUGCGUUGGUAGUAACAACAACGGUGGCCAACUUCUUGGUCAAGAAGAUAUUAGUGGAUGGUGGGAGCUCAGCUGACAUCAUGUAUCUCCACGCUUUUAAGCAGCUGGGCAUAGAUAAUGCCCGGUUUAAUCCCGUCUCCACACCCUGA